AUGCCGUUAGUGGACAGUCAACGAGACUUUGCAACCGUGCCGAAGAGGCCUCUUGCGGCUGAUUUCAUGGAUUAUAAUAUACCCAAGAGUCAAACCCCUGACGAGCAGAACCUGUCCCCAUUGAACCACAGAAAUAACUGGCCACACGCGGGAAUGCCAACAGAACAAGGAAAGCCUUCUGAUACCAUCCCUGACAUCGAUCAAGCUUUGAAGAGGAAGUACAGUUAUGAGAUGGAGGAGCCAUCAAACCUUGAAAUCACCAUGGACACAUACGCCCAUGAGCAUCCGUUGCCUACGCCCGUAUUAACCCGGGCUACAAGCCCUGUAAAGGAGCAAGGUUCCACUCAAUUAACUGUCAAAACAUGCAUGGAUGGCGGAACGGACACUGUCUUCUGCGGUUCUACGAUGCAUCAUAGCCCUGAAUGUGAUGAUGUUGAGACUGCUUGUACGACGGAGGAGACCCCACGAAGCCUCCUUAGCUUCAGCGUAACGAAUCCAGAAAGAAAUCCCAGGAAAACAUUCUAUCCAUCAUUACAAAGUCGCCGCGACACUAAUCCCAACGCUGUUGAGAGAACAGGAGUAAAGUCGCAACACUGGGAACCACGAGAGAAGUCAUUCACACACCACCCUCGAGAGGGAGGUCCAUUAACUGCCUGUAGGCAGAAGGGAUGUCACUGGAAGUCACCGAAGAAGUUAAAGUGCGCUAAAAAUAAAGUCGGUCAUGCACACGAUAGCCGGUCUUGGCCUCACCUCGAUACUCGGACAAUGGAAACCACAAAGGAAGCAUCUGUUGCAGAUCAUAAUCACUUGCCGCGAAGCACAGAGUCCGCUCAACAAACAAUGUCGAGCGAAACCAAAGGAGUUAACGGCGGAGAUGAUGCAAAAAUAAAUAUACGAAAAGAUGCUAAGUUUCACAAUGCAAAAUCCUCUUCAACAGAGAGCAAACAACAGGGGUCUCGCUUGCGCCUGAGUUCAGAAGUAGAUAAAAGAUGUUUCAGCCUGCACAAGGGCAACGAUAUCUACGUGGGCAAAGUCACAUUCCGUCACAUGAAUGAAUUGUCUAUGAGGCUCUUGAAUGCAUUAUGUGAAGAGGAUAAUUCCACCGAAAACUUCUUUGAGAAGAAGAUCUGCAUUCGGUACAUGAUCGACGUGGAUGUGGUCAAGUCCGUCUUCCAGAGAUUGAGUGCAGCGGAAGAUUACGGAAUUGCGGCGUUCGAGUUUCCAGAUGUGGGAGACCAGGAACCCUUGAGAAAUUUGAUGCAAUAUCUGGGCGAAAAGCGACGGGUCGGUGUGGUAACGUUCACGGGGCUGGCAGGAAUCAUUAUUCCGGGCAACGAUGCUUCAGCGAUUUUACAUAAAGAUCUGGACAGUGCUCCAUAUCUCUACUGCUCUCUUCUGCACGCUUCUCAUUCUCCUUCUCACCUUGGCAUGAGUAAACCGCCAAGAAAUCCUUCGCAUCCCAAGAUCUCGCUUCCCGCGCCUAUGGUGGCGAUGACAGAGUACAGAAAGUUGUUUCUAAGAGCUGUUCACCGGAUGCCGCCAAAUAUCCAAUGGAUAGUAGAGGGCAAAAGAAUCCAUUUCUUUGCGCCUUCCAUUCUGGCAACGUCCGAGGUGAAAUGGCUCCUUGAACAGUAUGGGGCAAAAGUGGAUGAUAACACUGCGGAAUGCGAAGUGAUCAUGGUGCAUAGGUGGUUUCACUACCAGAUUCACAUGUUACCAGGUCUUAAUAAUUUGAAAAAAGCCAUGGUCACUUUCGUUCUCUGGGGGUUAACUCUUCCUCAAUUGGUGAGAGGACCCGAAGUACUCUUCCCAGGAGACGGCGGUAUAAUCACGUUCACUACGGACGUGCUGAUGGCGGACACUGGUCCUGCGUGGCUGAGGAUGUUUCAAACAUUCCUCCAAAAGUCGCACCCAAUCUCAGGACAGUGGGGGGUGAUACUGCAUCCUUCCGUCUGGGAAAUGAUGCAGCAACUAUCUCAGGCACUCACUGAAGAUGAGCCUUUCCUAUAUCGAGUACAGGAGGUUUACUUUAUUUUGCAGUCCCUCAAAUUAAAUGGCUUAUUAAGGAUUGGACAACGGAGUGACGUCUAUGAUCAUCCUGAAGAGCAGCAGAGAGUGUAUCACAUGCUUGUUCGCUUACAAUACUCUUGGAGUCUUAACUUUCGGCAUUUUGUAUGCGUUUCCUUGUCCGCGAAUCGUGCAGAGGCAGAGGUUGUCGAAGGGAUAGACCAGCUAUCACCGGAAGAAUUCUCGCGGCACUUCAUUUACAAAACAUAG